AUGGCAAAACACCUCAGCAACGUGACUCUCUGUUUUCUAGGGUGUGGGAACCAGGGAGCUGCUAUCCUAAAAGGAGUGCUCUCUGCUUCAUCAGACAAAGCAGAGAAGCCUCUAUUCACUCGGUUAAUUGCCUGUGUUCGCAGCCAAAAUUCUGAACAAAAGCUAGCGGAGAGGUUCUCUCAGCACCUCGACAAACUCGUGGUUUCUCACAGUAACAAUGUCCAGGCAGUGCAAGCGUCAGACAUUAUCAUCCUAGGCACUGAUCCGGCCGACAUUGAGACUGUCCUAAGACAGCCGGGACUCCGUGAGGCCUUAGCCAACAAGCUCCUAAUCAGCAUUGCGGCGGGCUGGACGAGGGAAAAGCUCGAGCAGGUACUCUACGGUAGCGAAACUAGGGCUCGCAACACUAGUGAGAGGGCCUGGGUAGUGCGUGCCUUGCCCAACAUCGCCGCGCAGGUAUCCGAAUCGCUCACAGCCAUUGAAAUGUCCGAGCCUGCUGUACCCGAGCCAUAUAUUCAAAUCACAAACGAAACGAUGUGGGUUAAAGCAGUCUUGAAGGAAUUGAAGCUAGUUAACACUUGGUGGUGCAAGCAGAGGCACGACCGUCAGGAAGGCAUCAGACUGUAG